AUGGAGCCAUUGCUCACGUCUGAAGUUCAACUCUAUCAGGAUAAACUCAUCGGGAAGGUAACAUUUUAUAGAAUUUAAAUUUAAAAAAAUAACAUUUUUUGCAGAAAUGGAAGUCAUACGUGGCAAACUUCUUUGAUGAAAAUGCGCUGGGUAAAGCGAGAAUCGAAUUGUAUCAGACUGAUGGAAAAAAGAAGAACAUGGAGCCGGCAAAGACGGUCGUCUUAGAUCAAGUUGUCUCAUUAAAACCAUCGAAAGGAGAAAAUGGAGUUUCUUUUGUGAAACUUCUCUUCAAAGAUGACUCCACCGUUCAGCUGUCAAGCGAGGAGCUCCCAAAGGUCAUGGAUGUUCUGAGCACAAUCUGUUUUCCCAAGAAGGUCAGUCCCAUAGGCUUGGUUUAAAAUCAAACCCCUCCCGUUUGUCAGUCAAAAAUUACACUGUCUAUUCCCUCAAAUUGUUGCAAAUUUUGUUUCAUUAGCCGUGACGAAAGUCAGUUUUCUGGCGCGUCAGGUGGUCUCAUGUCACCUUCGAUGCCAGUCAACCGGUUAGCAAGGUUGUACCAGUGUUUACGUUGGAAGUCAGAAUAUUUCAAUGUUUACCCCAGAUGUGUCAAAGUGAUACCAUCUAUCUAGAGAAUAACGUUUUUUUUCCAGAUGCAAUAUGUAACAAUUGCGCCAAGCACGUCGCUUGACUCGCCGACAGAAGAAGAUGAAUACUUUGAAUUCCGUAUGUGGAAAACCUUUGAGAAGGAACUGGUUUUGAACUUUUUCCUUUUCUUUCAGCUGACACCUAUACCAUGCUGAAAUUGAAACAGGUGAAUGGAAGAGAAGGAACUGAAGGGGUGUACAACUUGACUUUCACCGAAACUUUGCAAAUUUCCGGACCAAGUAGCGUACAUUGCAUUCCGUACACAUCAUUAAUCUGGUAAGAGAGACCAGACUGAUCAUUCUGAAAACGAAUAAACUUUUAGGGUGGCCACAGGGGAGCACUGCGUCGGGUUCAGUGUCGAAUCCCUUGGAAUAUUUGAGUUCGCCACCGGGGACGCGCUUCUGUUUGUUGAGCACCUUCGGUAAGGAAGCCGGAAAUUUAUAUGAUUAUUAUUGUUUGCCCGAAAGAUGAGGAAAAGCAACAAAUUGUUUUCCAGAAGCUACAUCCGAUUCGGUUGCAACUUCAGCACCCCGCAGACCAAAACAAUUUGCCGCUUCAUUCGUUUUUUUCAUCCCAACAGACUCGUCAACAGCACGAGUCCCGGACUAAGGUAGACACACAUUCACAUUCAACACCUGAAAUAUUCAACACAAUUUUCUAGUUUUAGUAACAACUCGACAAUGGAAAGUGUGGACUCGGGCGGCGUCUACUCAAAAAUUCCUGGUUCGACGGACACGUCGGUCUCCAGCCUCCAGUUGAACGAGGCGGAUUUUGUGAAUCGGGUCGUGAAGAACGAGUUGAGAAGGAAUGCAUCGAUGGAAAUGCUCAGACACAAGAUUUCUUUUCUGCAAAAGAAAAAGAACGAGUCUCGAACCGAUUUUGAGGAGUCCGCUGAACGUGAUUUUGUGCGGUAAGCGGUAGUAAAAAUUUACCUUUGCAGAGUCUUCAAAAAUUAGCCCAAUCCGCGGAACUUCUUUGAAAAUUGUUUUGACGAAUGUGGAUUCCCCAAAUCUCUGUUGAAGACCCAAAGUUUGCGAGUGCAAAGAAAAAGAAGAAUAGCACAAAAGUUGAAGAGGAAUAGAGCAAACGAAAAACUGAGCAGAACAUCUGGAAUUCAUCGAAGAUUUAUGAUUUCAGAGUCCAACUGCCGAAGGGAAUACUGCUCGAGCAAAACAAAUUCUCACCAACGAAAAGCGUGUCGUUCCAAGAUAUGGAUUCGAUAAAGUCUGAGAAUGUAUGAGUUCCGUUACUUCCUUCCUUCCUUCCUUCCUUCCUUCCUUCCUUUUCAUUCCCUCCAUCCACAUCCACGACGUCUUCCCCUCUCCCCAAGCCAACCAAUUCUAAUCAAAUAUUAUUAUUUGCAGAAGAUUUUCGCCCGUCAAACCGACUUAUAA